UCGCAAGCUCCCCUCCUGAGUGACAAGGGUUAACAACAAAACAAUAUGAAAGAAUGUAUGCAUAUUGAUAAUGCACGCUUACAUGCCUUAAUAUCAUAUGCCAAUUUGUUUUGCCGGAAAACUUGCCAAAUUAAGAUUAUCCCGAGAAGUGUUUUUUAUACUUGUUAGCUGAUCAUUAAAGGUAUGUAAAUAUGAAAGUAACAUGCAAACCUGUAAAUUUUUCAGCCAAAGUUUGAAGUUAGAAUCUUCACAAAACAAAACACUAUUAGCACAAAACCGGAUGCAUUACGGUUAUUUCACUUUAUUUGAGAAGUAAAAACGUUCCCCUAAAAAUAUGGAAUAUUUAAGUUGUGAUUGGUAACAUUUUUAGUAAAAAUAGAUGUACGCAUAUGCCACGAUUGCUUGACUUUAAGUAUCUAGGUAACGUUAGUCUCCCUUAAGGGUAACUAGGCACUAAAAGUCAAGCAAUCGUGCGCAUAUGCACUUCGAAUCACGAUUGCUUGACCUUAAGUAUCUAGGUAACGCGUCUCCCUUAACGGUUGCGACAAAUGGUCGAGUUACAAAUAAAACAUUCAUUUUUAAAUCGUUGGUUCAAAAACGGCGUUUGAGUCUCCAACUACUUUGACCCUUAAUAACUUUUGAAUGGGCAGACAUAGAGACUUAAUUAUUUAGGAUUAAAUCAUCGUAAUUUUUAGUUUGAUUUUUUAAACUGAAAAUCUAGAGGGUACUAUUUCGAAUAGUAAACUUAAAAUCUCCAGUGUGCAGCCCGAGUCAGGGCUUAUGUACUCGUCACGUCCGUCUGCCCGUCUUGCGAUAACUGUUGUAAAACUAAUCCGAUUGAGUUGAAAUUUUGCACGCAUGUAGUAUGGGUCAAAUGAGGAGUUAAGUUCGAAGAUAAGCGAAACAAGUGGUUGACCGGUGGGGGUCAUAUAAGUUUGUCGGGUAUUAUGUAUAGAAAUUGCAAAAUCGUCGUAGAAAGGUGAAAUUCGGUACAGAGGUUGAUAAUGGUUUCUACUGAAAAAAUUUUUACAAAGUACAAUUGUAAAAAUUUUUAUCUGGAUGGACCCUACCGAUAUCUAAAACUCAUCCAAUAGAGCUGAAAUUUUUGUGGGGAUUGUUAAUGGCUACUAAUGGAAGAGUAUGAAUUCAAAGUAUUUUCAUCUGGGCAGACCCUAUGGGAUGAUCCAUACCAAUUUUUCAAAUUCGUCACAUCGAGCAGAAAUCUGAUAGAAAAGUUGGUAAUGGCUCCUAAUGUAACAAUAUGAAUUAAAAUAGGAAAAAAUUUCAGAGUUUAUUAAGUUAGUGUUUUGUAAUGGUUUAUGCCAAAAAUAAAUUAUAUGCACAUGUUCGUUACGAAUCCUGCUCUUAGAAUCAGUGAAUAAUGCAAUCUUAAAAGGCCCCGCAAAGUUGCUUUCUUUUUAGCCUCAGUAAGUUCUUAUCGAACCAUAUGUCCUUCCGGAACACGAUAGACAAAAUGGCUGAACAGACUAAAAAAAAUAUGCACCCCACAAGUUUAAAUGUAUUUGGUACAAUAAAAUUUCAUUGAAAAUGUUUGGUUUGACCAAUAACUGCAGUCUGACUCGGGGUACAUAAAGGUUGGAGAUUUCAAGUUUACUAUUCGAAAUAGUACCCUCGAGAUUUUCAGCUUAAAAAAUCAAGCUAAAAAUUACGAUGAUUUCAUCUUUCAGAAUUAAGUCUCUAUGUCUGCCCAUUCAAAAGUUAUUACAGGUCAAAGUAGUUGGUGUCUGUGCGAUGGACUUCAGACACCAAUGAUUUUAAAAAUAAUUAUUUUAUUUGUAACUCGACCAUUUGUCGCAACCGUUAAGGGUAACUAGGCACUAAAAGUCAAGCAAUCGUGACUUCGAAUAUGCACGAUUAACUUAUAUAAUUUAUGUAAACAAAUUUAAUAAUGAAAAAGAGUUUGGCUGGUCCAUCCACUGGUGGUGGUACAUUGGGGACAGGUACGACCCCAGUGGAGGCAAGAAAGUCGAAGGCCCGAAUAUCAUCCGUGCCACCACCACCACCAAAUCCAACGGAAAACUGGAGAGAAACUGAUGCCCGGUUCCACGCGGAAGUGGCCGAGGACAAAAAGAACUUUGCCCUGGGAAAGAAACGCACCCUCGCCUCUGCCUCCCACAACGACCUCAGGUCGGCUGCGAAUGCAAAUGUCGCUGGUGCUGUGGCCAUCGUGGCGGUUGACUUGACCGUGGUCAUCGAAUCCCAGUCAGCGCCCAGUUUAGCCGGCAUUGUCCACGUGCGUCCUUUUGAUCCAAAUGUGUUACCCGAAGAACCCUCCCCGGAUUAUUCCAAGUACAUUCAAUGUCCACAUUGUGGGAGAAAAUUUGAACCACUGCAGGCAUCCAGACAUAUACCUCAAUGCAAAGAGUAUUACUUUAAUAUGGACGAUAAGAUAAAGUUUCAAAGGUCCAAGUCAAUGUCGAAGUAAUGGAGAAUGAAUUUGAGCACGACGCGACAGUUCCAUAAAACUUGUUGAAAACUAAAUCACAGACCGAUUGAUAAUAAAGUCAUACAAAUUCUACACAGGUACAUAUGGCAUGAUUUUGAGGCAAGUUCGCGAAACACUGCUAAUUCCAUUCAUGAUGACGUACGAAAUCAAGGUUUUCAUUGUAGACAUAGUCAGAUUGAUAUUACCAUCUCUUCCGGUUAAUUUAUGCCACAUUCUACGGUAGCAGGCGGUAUGUGCAUACUGCAUAUGUACAUAAUCAUGGGUGCAUUGCUGAACUAAGUACCAUCGACCCUGAAACAAACAUAUUACGUAUGGCUUAUUAAGCCAUACGUAUGUAUUUGAUGACGGGUAGGAUGUCCCGACUCCGAGUACUUCUGAGAACGGGAUACAAUUGUCAAACUGAAAUAUAAUCCCAUGCAAUAAAACAGAAUGUGCAGAAAUAUUCGGAGUUACAACUGCCAACGCCAACGGCAACAAAUAUUUGUUUAUACAAUCAAUGCCAUAAAAUUGCACAUCCUGAUCCUAAUCAUAAAGUUCGAUAAACCCAAUUGAGAACAUAUGGCAAUUUUGUAUGUUUCCUCAAUAAAGAUUCGCCACUCACAGAUAGGUCCUUGUCCUAUGCACUUUGUACUUCAUGUCAUAAAAUAACUAAACUCUUAUGCUCUGCUAAACUACAAUUAUGUAUUUAAGAGAUUUCAUAUAAAUAUUUAUGAGAUGAUUUUCUCGAUGCAAAAAUUAUUUAAUUAUGUAAAAUUGUGAAGAAUUUGUUAAAAAAAAGUAUAAUCAAAACAUUGUGCCUUAUGUCCAUUCAAAAUUCAAUGAGAAAAUAUAUUUGUUUCUUUCAUAAAUUUGGAACCACAUCGGAUACACAAUAUAUAACUUGUAAAUUGGAAUUUGUGGAAAAAUUAUUCAGUGAUUACCUCGUUUGAUCCUGUUGGAUUGGAACAUUGGAAAAGUGAAUUAAUGAACGGAUAAUUUUGUAGUAAGUAACAAGUAACAGAAAGUUGACAUACAGUCAUUUUUGAUCUUUGAACAAUCGAAGAACGAGCAAAUUUAUCAAUUGCUUAUCAGUAACAAAUA